AUGGUAUUGGAUGACAUGCGUGAGGGAUUUCCAUGUGCUUUUCUAAUUUCAAAUCGAGCUGAUGAACAUAUGAUGCGAAUAUUUUUUAUGUCUGUUAAAGAAAGCUUGGGUAGAUCCUUAAAAUCAAGUGUUCUUAUGACAGAUAUGGCUCCAGUUUUUUAUAAUGCCUGGAUUGAAGUUAUGGAUUUGCCUGUUCACAGACUCUAUUGCACAUGGCAUGUGGAUAGAGCUUGGCGUAACAAUUUAUGCAAAAUAUGUUCAAAAGAAAAGCAGGUGGCCGUGUAUAAAAAACUGCGCACCUUACUUCAGGAAACAGAUAAAAAUGCGUUUUCGGCGAUGAUUAGUAACUUUUUAAAUAAUUUAUUAGAAGAUCCGGACACUACAAAUUUUGGUCAAUAUUUCCAUAAGUACUAUGCAAAAAAUGUUGAUUCGUGGGCUUAUUGUUACCGUAUACAUUCUGGUAUUAACACCAAUAUGCAUAUAGAGAACAUGCACCGUAGCAUUAAAUAUAUUUAUUUAAAUGGGAAAGUUAAUAAACGACUAGAUCAAGCUAUAUAUAUUUUGAUGAAAUUCGUUAGGGACAAAUUAUUUAAUCGUUUAAUAAUUUUAAACAAGGGAAAAAUUUCCACAAAAUUGAAAGACAUAAGAGCAAGACAUAAAACUAGUAAUGCAUUAAAUGUUGAUGUAGUAGUAGUCAAUGAAACUGGUUGGAUGGUACCAUCAUCAUCCACACAAGAUCUGUACCAAGUUGAGAAAAGGCAAAAACAUUGCAAUUACUCUUCAAUUAAAUGGAACAUGUGUAAACACAUACACCUUAUAUGCAAAUUUUUGAAAACUCAAAAUGUUCAUGCCAAUGAAAACCAGGAUGAAAUUAUCCAAUCUGUAGAUGACAUGCCUCAUUUAACAAUUGACGAAAACUUUAACCCCCAAGAAGAAAAUACAAUCAUCCAGGCACUCUCCAAAUCAAAGAGAAAUGGAAAUGAGAAGUUUAUAAGUGAGAGAGAGAAAUUUAAGUUUGAAUUGUUAGAAACUGUCAACGGCCUGGAGUGUUCUGAAGAGUUAGACAUAGCAAGAAAAGCAUUAGCUCCUCUUAUCCCUACUUUAACAGCAUUCAGGAAUUUAAAAAACAAAGAAGUUUGCAAAGAAAAUCAAAAUAUACCCCAUAAUAAAAAAAUUCCCCAACAACGGCGGCUGUUUAAGACAAAAAAGAAAUGUAUACCUAAAAAAGACAAGACAGCCAAACCAGAUAGUGAAGAAGUACCGUUGUAA